UUUCCCAAAACAGCAGCAUCCAACAGUUUGCAUCGCCACAAACCAUUUCCUCCUUUCCUCGUUUCGAUAUUGCGAAAGGAGUCCGUCGACGACAAUGGCCGAGAAGAGCAAAGUCUUGAUCAUCGGAGGGACCGGCUACAUCGGCAAGUUCGUCGUCGAAGCGAGCGCGAAAGCAGGGCAUCCCACGUUCGCGCUGGUGAGACAGAGCACGGUGUCCGACCCCGUCAAGAGCAAGCUCGUCGAGAGCUUCAAGAACUUGGGCGUCACUCUGCUCUUCGGUGAUCUGCACGAUCAUGAGAGCUUGGUGAAGGCGAUCAAGCAAGCUGACGUGGUGAUAUCGACGGUAGGGCACAUGCAAAUGCCGGAUCAGACCAAGAUCAUCGACGCCAUUAAAGAAGCUGGCAAUGUUAAGAGGUUCUUUCCUUCCGAAUUCGGCAAUGAUGUGGACCGGGUGCAUGCUGUGGAGCCAGCGAAGUCUUCUUUUGAUGUCAAGGUCCAGAUCCGCCGUGCCGUGGAGGCGGAAGGGAUUCCUCACACCUACGUCUCAUGCAGCUGCUUCGCCGCCUACUUCCUCCCGACACUGGUGCAGCCAGGACUCACUGCUCCUCCGAGGGACAAAGUCAUUAUCAUGGGCGACGGAAAUGCAAAGGCGAUUUUCAACAAGGAAGAAGACAUUGGGACCUACACCAUCAAGGCGGUUGAUGAUCCAAGAACACUGAACAAGAUCCUUUACCUCAGGCCUCCUAAGAACAUUUACUCAUUCAAUGAGCUCGUUGCCUUAUGGGAGAAGAAAAUUGGCAAGACCCUCGAAAAGAUUUACCUUCCUGAAGAGCAAAUCCUGAAGCAAAUCCAGGAGUCCCCAAUUCCCAUCAAUGUCAUAUUAGCAGUGAACCAUUCAAUCUUUGUUAAGGGCGAUAAUACCAAUUUCGAGAUCGAGGAGUCGUUUGGUGUCGAAGCUUCUGAGCUGUACCCAGAUGUGAAGUACACUACAGUGGAAGAAUACCUUGAAAAUUUUGUCUAAAUUAAGGGCAUUCGUCUCCUGCUCUUCAAGGAGUUACUGUGACUCAGGUGAACAGCUGAUAUGUAUUAAAAGGUUGUACACCUAAAGAAAAAGUAUCAAAGGUCUGGGUCUUCUUUAAAAGUGUCUCUGAUGUCAUAUUCUUCGUGGUCUUCUAAGACAUGUAUUUGCUUGUCAUUGCUGUGAGGUUCAUGAACUACCAAGGUUGUUGAGACUAACUUUGCUUGUCAGAAAUAUUUCAGUUCUCAUA